AUCCCGAUGGCGGCGAGAGCAAGUAGGCCUGCUUCUGGGUACUCGGAAGUACCGUACACUCCGAGCCACACGUACAACCAGCCAGGGUACAGCACGGCUAAAAAAGGUAGAACCGUGCCGUGGAAUAUCCGGGGCCUGCGCCGGUACAGCGACACUGAGCUAACAUUCUCGUCGUCAGUCUCGGCGCUGUCAUGCUGGCUGUUCAUUGAGGGGGCCUUUUGCUGGUUCCCCGGCCCCUUAUUCCCGUCCAUAUUCCCGUUUCUUGGACAAAAACGAACGCGACUCUCUCUCUCCGGGCACCCUCUAUCCUCCACCUAGCUAUUAGUGUCGGUGGUAAGGCAGUUUCACACAAUCCAGUUGUUUUAGUCCGGUGUCAGGUCCAGUUUCUGAAUCGGCUCAUUCUCACACAGCUGCUUCCGUGUACGCAACCACCCUUCAAACUACCUCCACCACAAACAUGCAGGUUGCCAUGGAUAUCACCACCAAGUAUUGCCAUAAGGAGAUGGAGAGCUAUGGGCAGUGUGUGGCCGCUCACCCGUCAACAUGGCAACAGCACUGUCAAGAGCUGAAGAUGAAGGUGGCACAGUGUACCUCUUCACACCCUGUGAUCCAGAAGAUCCGGACAGACUGUUCAAAAGAGUUCACAGAGUUUGAACGCUGCUUACUAGAGAACCAGAACUCACCUACCUCCUGUUCAGCACACGUGGCACGCUUCCUCGGCUGUGCCGAGACAGUGGACCUUGCCGGAGUGGCAGUGAACCCGGUUCCUCAGCCCUCUUAGGACCCAACAGUGACCAUCAUCCAUCCAUCUCAGAGAAGAUAUCUCCUUCCUGCAAUACUAACGCCGGACUGCUCUAUCAAACAUGGAUAAAUCACUGCCCAAGUCAUAUUGAUAACAUAACAUCCUGACUUUGUACAUGAAUAAAGUGGACUCUUGUCCAUGGCUACUUUAGGAUUUGUCAAGAGAACUCGGAAUGUUAGACAUUUACAAGUUACUGGGACUGAUUUCUGCCUGAGACCGUCAAGACUCAAGACAGGUUAUUUCUUGAAGUUAUUUAAUAACUCUUCGAUGCUACAGCUCUCUGACAUACACUGGGACAAUGGGAUUCAGAGGUGUCCUCUUUUCUAUAUGUGAAAAUAUUCACUGUGCAGCAGGUUGUGUGUAAUACAUAUUUAUAACACUGUAGUAACCUCGGGUAGCAGCAUAAAUGGUUCUCUUUUCCUCUACAAUUUAUAUUGAGAAUGAAUGUGUGUAACGGAGUUAGCUUUGCAACCUCACUCCGCAGCAUAUCUGUGCACAACUGCGUGUUAUCCAAGUAUCCCUGGUUUGCGGUGUAGUGGUCUCUUGUAAAUGUUAUUUUGGGGGAAGUUUAUCAUUAAACUCCUAUAUUUCAGUCCUAUUACUCAUCCAGUUUGGAUACAUACUCUGAUGUUAUGGUGCCCCUUUCUCGCUCCCACGCUCAUUUUCUUCAGGUUGGAAUGAGUCAUAUUCAACCGUGGAAUGUAUGCUAUCUCUCCCACACAUCUCUCCUUGGCUACUCACUUGUUGAGGGAAAGGAGGGAGCACAGGAAGGAGGGGAAGGUGGCUGGAAAGUUUGAAUUUGAAGGAGCUAAGGAAAGGUGGAAGGAAGGGGGAUGAAACAAGAGGCUUUCCACUGGCCGGAGGGAACAGAGCCCAGGAAAAUGGAGAAGGUGGAGGCUGUGGAGUUAUAAUCUGUGUGACCAUAGAGAGACGGACGAGGGGGAGGAUGUUGAGUUAUGUUCCCUUUGACUACUAACCGGAACAGGCCACCUUUUCUGCUUCAAUUAUUAAAGGCUGAGGUAGACGCAA